AGAGGUCAUUCCUCCUCGGGUCACUGCUAUGGAUACAUAACAUAUUGUCUGUCUCCAGGCUCUGCAGUCGUCUGUGGACUGUAUCUCUCUUCCCUCACCCAAAGGAAUACCUGAAAGAUGGAUAAAUAGACCCAGGAAGUGAGUAUUAUGUGUGAGGCCAUGGCAUGCAGGCAAAAGGGUCUGGUGUAUUUGUUUCAAGAAACAGUGAGAGGAGGUGAGUAUGCCUUGAUUUUGGUGGUGAUAUUUCUGAGCAGAAUUUGUGAUCUUGUCAUGUUUUAAUUGGAUCUUGAAUUACACAAAGGAGGAUAUCUUCAUAGAAUCUUAGAGUUGGAAGGUCCAGUCCAACCCCCUGCUAUGCAGGAAUCUCAGCUCAAGCAUCCAGGACAGAUGUCCAUUCAGCCUCUGUUUGAAAGCCUCCAAGGAAGGAGAGGCCACCACCUCUUGUGGGAGUCUGUUCCACUGUCAAACAGCUCUUACUGUCAGAAAGUUUUUUUCCAAAUGUUUAGUCAGAAUCUCCUUUCUUGCAACUUGAAGCCAUUGGUCUGAGUCCUCCCCUCCAGGAGCAGGAGAAAACAGGCAUGUUCCCUCCUCCAUGUGACAGCCCUUAGAAUAUUUGAAGAUGGCUCUCAUAUCUCCAAUCAGUCUCCUCUUCUCCAGGCUAAACAUACCCAGCUCCAUCAACCGUUCCUCAUAAGGCUUAGUUUCCAGAACCUCGAUCAUUUGGUUGCCCUCCUCUGCCCACCUUCCAGCUUGUCAACAUCCUUCUUAAAUUCUGGUGCCCAGAAUUGGACACAGUAUUCCAAGUGUGGUCUGACUAAAGCAGAAUAGAGUGGGACUAUUACCUCCCUUGAUCUGGACACUAGACUUCUAUUGGUGCAACCUAGGUAAAGGUAAAGGGACCCCUGACCAUUAGUUCCAGUCGCGGAUGACUCUGGGGUUGCGGCGCUCAUCUCGCUUUACUGGCCGAGGGAGCCGGUGUACAGCUUCCGGGUCAUGUGGCCAGCAUGACUAAGCCACUUCUGGCGAACCAGAACAGCAUAUGGAAACGCCGUUUACCUUCCUGCAAGAGCGGUACCUAUUUAUCUAGUUGCACUUUGACGUGCUUUCGAACUGCUAGGUUGGCAGGAGCAGGGACCGAGCAACGGGAGCUCACCCCGUCGCGGGGAUUCGAACCACCAACCUUCUGAUUGGCAAGCCCUAGGCUCUGUGGUUUAACCCACAGCGCCACCCGCGUCCCUUGAUGCAGCCUGUUGUUGUUGUUGUUUAGUCGUUUAGUCGUGUCUGACUCUUUGUGACCCCCUGGAACAGAGCACGCCAGGCACUCCUGUCUUCCACUGCCUCCCGCAGUUUGGUCAAACUCAUGCUGGUAGCUUCGAGAACACUGUCCCACCAUCUCGUCCUCUGUCGUCCCCUUCUCCUUGUGCCCUUCAUCUUUCCCAGCAUCAGGGUCUCUUCCAGGGAGUCUUCUCUUCUCAGGAGGUGGCCAAAGUAUUGGAGCCUCAUCUUCAGGAUCUGUCCUUCCAGUGAGUACUCAGGGCUGAUUUCCUUAAGAAUGGAUAGGUUUGAUCUUCUUGCAGUCCAUGGGACUCUCAAGAGUCUCCUCCAGCACCAUAAUUCAAAAGCAUCAAUUCUUCGGUGAUCAGCCUUUUUUGCUGCUUCAGCCCACUGUUGACUCAUGUUAAGCUUGUGGUCCACCAAGAUCCCUAGAUCCUUUUCGCAUGUACUGCUAGUAAGCCAGGUGUCCUUCAUCUUAUAUUUGUGCAUCUGGUUCUUCCUGCCUAAGUGCAGAAGUUUACAUUUGUCCCUACUGAAAUUCAUUUUGUUAAGGUCAUUUUGAAUGCUGAUUCUGCAGCAUUAGCUACCCCUCCCAGUUUGGUGUCAUCUGCAAAUUUGAUGAGCAUCCCCUCAGUUCCUUCAUCCAAGUAAUUUAUAAAGACGUUGAACAACAACGGGCCCAGGACAGAACCCUGCAGCACCCCUCUUGUCACUUUCCCCAGGAUGAUGAAGAACCAUGAAGGAAUCCUGUUCAGGUUUAGACUGUCAAAUCCACCUAACAGUUACCUCAUUCAGCCCGCAUUUUACCAGCUUCUUCACAUAAAUAUCACAGGAGACUUUGUCAAAAGCCUUACUGAAAUCAAGAUACACUAUGUCCACAGCAUUUCCCUGAUCCACCAAGUUUGUAAUUCCAUAAAAAUUUAAAAACAAACAAACAGAUUGGUCUGGCAUGACUUAUUUUUGAGAAAUCUUAGUAAUCACAGCACCCUUUUCUAAAUGCUCACAUACCAACUUGAAUUAUCUUUUCUAGGAGCUUCCGUGGUAUCGAUGUCAAGCUCACCGGUCGGUAGUUACCUGGGCCUUCCUUUCCCUCCUUUCUGAAGAAGGGGACAACAUUUGCCCACCUCCAGUCUGUAGGGACAUCACCUGUUGGAUGACUGGGAGAGUGGUGACAGCUGUAUAGUCAGAUCCAGUUGGCAGCGCUGCAGGGUUGUUGUGCAGGAGAUGGGCCAAAAAGGGGUGUGAGGAGCUCUCCUGAGGCUCCUCUCCAACUUCUCCACAAUGCAUAGAACCACUAAAACACAUAUUCUGUAACGUUCUCAACUGGCUACACAGUACUACCUGAGUCUGAAGGGGGAAAUUAUUAUUUAUUCAAUUAAUAUACAGCCCUUUAUCAAAAGAUCCUAGGGCAGUGUGCAACAUUAAAUACACAUCAAUGAUAAAACAUAGUAAAAAGCAUACUGACAGAUAAUAAUAAAUCAAUACAAUAAAAAAGAAUACCCACUCCUUGUGUUUCAGUGCUCACUGAAUCCAGAAAGAACACAGAGGCACUGACCAUGUCCUCUUUCCAUCAAGGCAACGUCACCACUGCCAUGUUCAUUUUAGUCGGCUUCCCAGGCAUGGAAGCAUCUCACUUCUGGCUGGCUUUCCCCCUAUGCUUCCUCUUCCUGCUGGCCAUCCUGGGCAACUGCACCAUCAUCUACAUCAUCCGAGCGGAGCGCAGCCUCCACGAGCCCAUGUACCUCUUCCUCUGCAUGUUGGCAGCCAUCGACAUCAUGAUCACCCUGUCCACCGUGCCCAAGAUGUUGGCCAUAUUCUGGUUCGGAUCCACCAGCAUCGCCUUCGACGCUUGCUUGGUCCAGAUGUUCUGCAUCCACAGCCUCUCUGGAAUGGAAUCCACCAUCUUGCUAGCUAUGGCUUUCGACCGCUACAUCGCCAUAUGCUACCCACUGAACCACUCGUCUAUCCUCACCACGCCCAGGAUAGCUAAAAUAGGACUGGUGGCCGUAUUUCGUGGAGCAGCCCUGAUGGCCCCUUUGCCCGUUUUCAUUAAGAGGCUGCCCUUCUGCAAGUCCAACGUUCUCUCCCAUUCCUACUGCCUGCAUCAGGAUGUCAUGAAGCUGGCCUGCGCCAGCAUCAAGGUUAACAUCAUCUAUGGACUCGUGGUCAUCAUUUUCGCCAUCGGGCUGGAUUCCCUGCUCAUCUCCUUGUCUUACUACUUCAUCCUGAAGGCUGCCCUGAGUUUGAGCCAAGAGGCACGUGUCAAGGCCCUCGGGACAUGCCUCUCCCACAUAUGUGCUGUCUUUCUUUUCUACGUGCCCUUCAUUGGCUUGUCCAUGGUUCACAGGUUUGGUAAGACGCACGGCUCCAACAUCCAUACUGUGAUGGCCAAUGUCCACCUACUGGUUCCUCCAGUGCUGAACCCAAUCGUCUAUGGGGUGAAGACGAAACAGAUACGUCACCGAAUAGGGCGGGCAUUUUGCAGAACUAAGUGCUGAUGAGAACUUACUGCAGUUAACUUUUUUUAAAAAAUAAAUCAUUCAUUUAUCAGUUCCAACAUUAUGAAACAUAUGGUGAUCCCUCUGCAGAGUGUGAGAUGUCUCUCUGAUGAAUCAUUGGUACAAGCUCCCAUCUCCUGCUCCCUCUAUUUUUCUUCUUCAUGGAUAUUUUUCUCCUCAAUACUAGAAGCAUGGAUGCGUCAAGAAGCCCCCUUGCUGUGGUGAUUUUGAGCACUACAGAUGACAGUCCUGGUUCUGCUCCAUUUCACCCCCAAGUGGUUGUGAAGAUCCUUCUGAAGAUUCCACACUGUGAACUUCCAUAACCACCC